ACAUCAAAACAAACACAAACCCUUUAAUUACAUCAUCMUCAUCAAUCAAGAACUUCAAAWUUUUCCAGAMAAAAGAAAAGAUUGAAUCAAGAUCAUGACAGGCUCAGGAUCUCCAUGUGGUGCCUGCAAGUUCUUGAGAAGAAAAUGUAUCAGAGGUUGUGUUUUUGCUCCUUAUUUCUGCCAUGAACAAGGAGCUACCCAUUUUGCAGCAAUUCAUAGGGUUUUUGGUGCAAGUAAUGUCUCUAAGCUUCUGGCUCAUCUUCCUGUUGGUGAUCGAUCCGAAGCUGCUGUUACCAUAGCCUAUGAAGCUCAAGCAAGGCUUCAAGAUCCCAUUUAUGGCUGUGUUUCACAUAUUUUUGCACUACAACAGCAGGUAGUUAGUUUACAGACACAAUUAGCUUCUUUAAAGGAACAAGCAGCUCAAAGGCAUCAAGGGGUUUCAUCAAUGUCUAAUUCAGAUAAUCCCACAAAUGGGAGAUAUACUUCUUCUUACCCACAAACACAAGACUUCAAGAAUUGGUUUCAACAAUCAGAUCAAAAUUCAUGUAUGAACAUGCCUCAAUUUGAUCCAAACUCAAUGAAUCAUGAUCAUGUCAUGAACUUCAAAUCCAUGGCGGAAAACUACGAGAAUUCAWUUCCGAAAGAAGAAGAUGGUUCGUUUUCUAGCUUUGAAGAAGGUUCAAGUUACUCCAUUGAUUCUUUAGAUAUGCAAGUAAGCAGCAGCAACCAGCAACAAUGGGGUUUUAGAGAUCAUGGUGAAGACCUUCAAUCGGUUGCUUUUGGUUAUAUUCACAAUUAAUUAAUUUGAUCAGUGCAAGAUCAUCUUGGGAUCAUAUACACCUCCUGCAGCCAAAAUCAACUAAUUCAAUAUUUCAAUGAGUGAAUUCAUCAAGAUUGUCAAUUUUGUAUCCUUAUGCUCAUCAAUCUCAGAGACAUGCCAUUUUGCUGCCUA